AUGGCUGCGAAUGGAAAGCAAAAGUUUCGCGUCAUCAUUGUGGGCGGCUCCAUCGCCGGCUUGACAUUGGCGCACUGCUUGAUCAAAAGUGACAUCGAGUUUGUGGUCCUUGAGGCUCGUGGUGAUAUUGCACCGCAGGAAGGCGCCUCCAUUGGGAUUUUGCCAAAUGGGUCUCGCAUCCUGGAUCAACUGGGCAUGUUGGAUGACUGUAUCGAAUUGACUGCCCCGCUGAAGCACUCUUUCAUCUGGUCUGAGAGCGGGGCACUGAUAUUCGAGGACGAUUCCUUCGAGACAAUCGAAAGGAGACAUGGCUACCCUGUCAUUUUUCUUGACCGACAAGCUUUACUUCACACUCUGUUCAAACACCUAGGACCCCAUCAAAACCAGAUACAUGUCAACAAGCAAGCCGUCUGCGUCGAUCAUCACCCUACACAUGUCUCUGUUCACUGUGCGGACGGCUCAAUUUAUGAGGGAGAUCUGGUUGUUGGAGCCGAUGGGGUACAUAGCAGGAUUCGACAAGAGCUGUGGCGCUAUCUGGAGACCCACUCUUUGCAGGAUGAGGUUGCUCAGGAUCGAAGCACAAUGAUCAAGGAAUAUUCCUGUGUCUUUGGCAUCUCCGCCACACCUCCCGGUAUCGAAGUUGGGCACGGCCAUCGAACCAUGGCCCAGGACUAUGCGUUCGUGAUCAUGUCGGGCAGGAAGGGUCGGUUGUACUGGUUUCUUUUUGCUAAGAUGGAUAAGCACUACACAGGUUCGCAGCGAGUAAGAUUCACAGCGGAAGACAUGGACGCCCAUGCUGCUCGAUACCUGGACAAGCCUGCUGCAGGAAAGGUCCCAUUCUCUGCUAUCUAUGAAAGAGCAGAGCACAAGUCAUAUCUGCCCUUGGAAGAGGCCUGCUUCAAGUAUUGGUCUAAAGGCAGGUUUGUCUGCAUUGGCGACUCGGUGCACAAAAUGACACCCAACAUGGGCCAAGGCAGUAACAGCGCCAUGGAAAGUGCUGCAUGUCUCGCAAACCAUCUAACGCGAUUCAUGAAAUCGUGUGAUGGUAAGAUCUCCCUACGGCAACUGGAGGAUUGUCUCCAAGAAUGGCAGACUCUGCGGUGGCCUCGAGCGGCAGACAUGGUUGCAGCAUCUGCCCACCUGACGAGAGUCGAUACUAUCAAAACAUGGAAGCACAAGCUUGCGGCAGUCUUUCUCCUGCCACUUAUGAAAGACUUUACCGUGGAAAUAGCAACGAUGGCCCUUGUUGGAGCAGAAAAGCUGGACUCGGUACCGGUUAUCCCACGAGGGGACGGAGGUGCCAUACCAUUCGUCCCCAACUUUGACCGUAUCAGGCUGGAGCCAAUGUGGAAAUACAUUCUUCUGGGCAUCGCUCCGCUGGUUGGUUGUUACAGCCUAAGCAGGCUCACUAUAGAUCCGAUUACCGAAACAUUGCGUCCGAUGCUUCGACACAUACUCGGACAAGGCACAUGGACUGCCGGUAACGGGGAAAUUGUUCACUUGAGAGCACCUCUUUAUCAUAUACCAUUUCUUGAUCGGAUCAUCAAUCCCUUGGUUUCCUGUCUGUUGCCAGCAAUCAGCGGCAGUGACCCCGACACCCAUGCACAAGGGCUCGCUUUCCUCAUGGACAUGGGCUCAAUGUAUGGCAUUUGGCUGCUGGAGAGUAAUCGCCAGGCACAGUCGUAUAUCGAUGUGAUAAUCACCACAAUCCUCGCCAUAUCUGCGCAGUUAGAAGGCUUCGCCCGAAUCGCACCCUGGUACUAUCUCUACGCAUCUAUUCGGACGCCUCUAUCCCGCCUCUUAUUAGGAAACAAUCGCAGGAUAGACCCAUCCACAUCUCUCACUCUCCUCCUGGCCAUGAUACUCGGCUACUACUGCCCAAUAAUAAUCAGCUUCUGCGCAUCCGGCAUAACCUCCCGACGGUCCUACAAUGCCCUAUGGCAACUCUUCCCCAUCAUCGUGCCACUACUGCACGCUUUCCUCCAACCCCCAGCAAAGUACCAGUUAUCCACCUCCACAGACCAUCCCGCAAACCCAACAAAGAAACAGAAAGCAACCCACCUUCCCUCCCUCCGACUCAUCUACCUCUCCCUCGCCCUAAUCUCAACCCUCACAGCCACUUACGCCCGCAUGACCCUCCUCAGCAGCCACCCCCUCUCAUACCUCCUCCUCUCCACCCCCGUCGCCUUUUCCAGUCCAUUCCUCUCUCCCAGCCCCACGUCAACCCUCACGACUCCCUUCCAAACCAUCGCAACCCACCUCCUCCAAUCCAACCACAUCCUCAGCCAAACAACCAGCCUCGUCUGGCUAAUUCUCCGCUUCCGUGAACUCAAAACCCUCGGGGCACCAGUAUGCUGGUGGAAAGUACUUGGAGCACUAUUGCUCAGCACAAUAGCACUUGGUCCCGGGGUUACAUUUGCGUUGGGGUGGGGUUUCAGGGAGGAGAUGGUGGAGGAUAUCGUUGGUGGGUUUUAGGGGAUGAUCUGGGAUGAGAUAUGGGAGAGGGGGCUUUGGUACGUGCUAACUAGAUGAAUCGGGUGCGGAGAUGGGAAGAAGUAGGUUUUGGGUCUGGUAAGUGCGUAUGAGGAUCUGGGGUAUUUCUAUCUGGAUGGUUGUUGGGGAUAUAUUUCCGUACGUGAGGUUGAUUUAGGAUCAUGGGAAUGUGAUCUGACUUUUGGAAAGUCUGGAUGUGUGUCGGGGUUAAGGUUAUGGUUGGAAUGUGGGUGGGCAGCGGAUCGAAGAUCCAUGGAAUGUGAGAAACG